UAGCCCACGACGUGGGGGGGAUUCUUUCAUGCAUGUCGAUUCACGUCAGUGUCUGAGGACGCCGCUCUGCCCACCAUGACGGGCUGUGAGGAGGCUCCUCCGUGCGCCAAACACUGCUGGAUGCGGCGCAUUUCUGCGGUGGAUUCUGAUGGAGAUGCUCAUUUGUGCAUUUCUUACCAAGAAAACACGCAAAGAGAUUAAAAGAUAAUAAUAACUGCACCCCCUCCUUUUAUUUGUAUUUAUUUUUUUUUUAAUCUUGUUAUGGUAACAAGUUAAUCCCCCCUCCCCUUCCUCGCCGCGCCUCUUUUGUUUGCAGAUGUGUCUUGUGGAGACGCUGCACCUUUGCAGGCAGAGCCUCGUCACGCAGCCGCCGUGCGUGGCGAGGAGGCGAACACAGAAAGAUCUGCUGAUUCCAGCACCUUCGGUUACUAAGGGAAGCACCCGCACCCUUGAUCGUCUCCCUCCUCCUUUUUUCUUCUUCUCCCCCCCUCCAAUUUCCAUCCCACGACAGCCUACCCGGAGGAGAGGAGUCGAUGGGGGGAGCGAGGACACACCCGCACAUACUGUACGCGGUGCAGCGCGCGGCAAGGAUGCUGCUGCUGCUGCAGACAACCUGAGAGGAACAUAAUCGACUGGCCCCAAAUUGGAUAUCCAUUUUUUUGGCAGACCUGAGGCUGAAGUGCUCAUCAUUCAUCAUCCUCCACAUUCCUGAAACCAGAGGGGGGAAAAACAAGUCUGGUCUGGAGAUGUGAAAGAUGUCUGCAGCUAAACCCUAGGUGACAACCUGUGGCCGUCAGGUCUUUACGGUCUCGAGCCCCCUUCCUCUCCUGAUUCCUGCCUGCAGUUCUCCAGGCUGCAGGACCCAGUCUCACUAAAAAGUGCAGGCCUCGUCCCCCUGCAGAAUGACUGUCGCGACAGGCGACCCCUCUGACGAGGCGGCCGUGCACCCGGGCCACCCUCAGGACUACGACCCGGAGGCCGACCACGAAUGUUGCGAGCGGGUGGUAAUCAACAUCUCAGGCCUGCGCUUCGAGACGCAACUCAAAACCCUCUCUCAGUUCCCUGAGACUCUGCUGGGGGACCCCAAGAAGAGGAUGCGCUACUUCGACCCACUGAGGAACGAGUACUUUUUCGACAGGAAUAGACCCAGCUUUGAUGCCAUAUUGUAUUAUUAUCAAUCAGGAGGCCGGCUGAGAAGGCCAGUCAACGUCACCCUCGAUAUCUUCUCAGAAGAGAUUCGCUUUUAUGAGUUGGGUGAAGAAGCCAUCGAGAUGUUCAGAGAGGAUGAAGGUUUCAUCAAGGAGGAAGAGCGGCCUCUCCCUGACAAUGAGUUUCAGAGACAGGUCUGGCUACUGUUUGAGUACCCAGAGAGCUCAGGUCCUGCCAGGAUUAUUGCCAUCAUCUCUGUUAUGGUUAUUCUCAUCUCUAUUGUAAGUUUCUGCUUGGAGACACUCCCCAUUUUUCGCAAUGAUGAAGAUGAAAUGCACAAGUCCCAUGCCAGUGUCUUUUCACCGGAGACCAACACAACAAUCAUCAGCUACACCUCCACCUACUUCACUGACCCCUUCUUCAUCCUGGAGACUCUUUGCAUUAUAUGGUUCUCCUUUGAGUUUUUAGUGCGCUUCUUCGCCUGUCCAAGCAAAGCAGGCUUUUUUGGUAAUAUAAUGAACAUUAUCGAUAUUGUCGCCAUUAUUCCUUACUUCAUUACUCUUGGCACAGAGCUGGCAGACAGGCCAGAGGAUGGUCAGCCAGGUCAACAAGCCAUGUCUUUAGCCAUACUCAGGGUAAUUCGCUUGGUCCGAGUCUUCAGAAUCUUCAAGCUCUCGCGUCACUCCAAAGGGCUUCAGAUUUUGGGCCAGACCCUGAAAGCCAGUAUGAGAGAGCUGGGUCUCCUCAUCUUUUUCCUUUUCAUUGGGGUCAUCCUCUUCUCCAGCGCCGUGUACUUCGCUGAAGCGGACGAGCCUGAAUCCCAGUUUGAGAGCAUCCCGGAUGCGUUUUGGUGGGCGGUUGUGUCCAUGACAACAGUCGGCUACGGUGACAUGGUACCAACUACAAUUGGUGGCAAGAUUGUGGGCUCUCUGUGUGCCAUUGCAGGUGUGCUGACCAUUGCCCUGCCAGUGCCUGUCAUUGUGUCCAACUUUAACUACUUCUAUCACCGCGAGACUGAAGGUGAGGAGCAAGCUCAGUUUCUGCAGGUCAACGUGCCCAAAACGGACUCCGCUGAGGACCUAAAGAAAAGCCGGAGCGGCUCCACCAUCAGCAAAUCGGACUAUAUGGAGAUUCAGGAGGCUGUCAACAACAGCAACGAGGACUUUCAGGAAGAGAACCUUAAAACAGCUAACUGCACGCUGGCUAAUACAAACUAUGUAAACAUCACAAAGAUGCUCACAGACGUGUAGCUGUGUGUCAUUCUCUCUCAGCCAGAGCGAGUCAAGGAUGGGUCAAAGGAACAUUUUCCCAUCUCGUUUGUUCUGGUAAAAUCAAGGCAAUAGAAAACAGAAUGUUGAUAAUUACAGACUGAAAAAUAUCGCAAAUGCCAUGUUGUCACUCUGCGCUCAUCAAGUCUUUUACGAUAGAAAGUAAAAAAGCCCUAAAACAAUGUAAAGUUAAAAAUUAAGCAUUUCUGCAUGGAGCUGACUUUGUCUGUGUGGUUGCUGAAAAAAAAACAUAUCAGAAACUAGAUAAAAAGCCAGAAGUAGCACACAAAAAGAGAACACACUAGAAAAAAAUGCUUUUAAAAGGAAAAAAGGUAAAACAACACAAGCUGCUCUUUAGUCUCCUUGUACCUCAUUUCCCAAGGCACAUUUGCUUUGCUAUAUGCUUGUCCAAAAGCAUAUCAUGCACCACAUAUGCUUCUCCCAGGACCAGAUGAAGCUGUCUUAUGCGACACAAAUUAGAGAUAAGAGGAUGAGCGGGCAUAAAGCAAGCCCCCAGCAGCACUGAUGCGGCUUGUGAGUGACUUGUGACGAGGAUGGCGCCUAAGUUCGCCCAUUUACUUAAAGGAUGAAUGACAGCUAUCAGCGCUCAGCUGAUGGCUUGACAUCUUUGUAACCUUGUAGACAUCAGUAUCUGAUGAAUGACUGAGAAUGGCCUUGAAUUUUCACUGCUUUGGUCUUAUAUGCACCAGUAUGAACUGCAAUGCAAGUUUCCCCCCCCACCUCCAUUCACCCAAACUGGUCUUACUGCAGAUCUUUAAGACAGCUUGAAUGUUUCUUCUUCUUCUUUGUUUUUUUCACUGAAUCACUUUCACAGCGUUUCUCCAUUUUAGCGAGGUAGACAAACCGUGACUUAACCGAUAGCUGCCAGGUAGGUAGGUGCUUUUAGUAGUAAACACAGUAGAUUUCUUGCAUGAUGACCUUGUAAUCUGAAUGAGAAGUUCCACUUGAUUCUCAACUGCCACUUGCUUCACCCGUCCACUGUAAAUGUAUCUGUACACUGCCUUCUCUACACACUUUUAAAAGGAUGCCUGCAGGUAGCUGUUGCAGCAAGCUAAAGCUGUAAGUGUAAGAGGUUUUCUUAAGUAAUAAUCAGCUCCAGAACCAGAUCUUAUAAGUAACCAGACACGUGUCGAUGUGAACAUUCCAUGUAGAAGUUGUUGCCACUUCACUUCUGCCAGGUUUCUGCAAACUGACUUAUGACUUUGAGCUUCAACUUAUACUCUAGUACCGGAUAACAAUCCCAACUUGUAAUGUGAGGAACCUGCAGUGUUCUCUUUUUAAAAGGUCUUUUGCAUUCCCCCAUCAAAACAAACUUUUAAAGAGUCAUGUCUAGAAAAGUGCUUCCCCUCAACUGCCUUUUUGUCUGGGUUUACGCUAUCCUAGUGUUGCAUGCUCUCAAAACAUUCCUAGCAUGUGUUAAGCUGAAAGAAGAAGCCUAUAAGACAAAAAAAACUUAAAUAAUUAAGAUAAAGAUUAAGAUAAAUCUACAUAUGUAUACAAAUAAGCACAUAUACAGUACAUAUAUGCUUCUGUAAAAGAGAGAAAAAAAAAUCUACUAGCUAUUAGGCGAAAGCAAGAGUCUUUCCCCCAUGUGCAGAUCAUUGCCAUUUUUUAUCGCUACUAAUAACAAUAACUGUUCUGAGCACCACUGUUUUCUCGUGUCAGAGCCAGUUCAGAGUGCCAAAGACACACUCUCCCUUGAAAUUCCAAAAAACUUUCUUGUUUGAUGAGAAAAUCUGCCACAAAAUCCUGUUUUUUUUUUUACUAUAGAUGUUUCCUUCACCUGGUUUAAAGCAACCCUCGGUAGAGCAGGAGGACAUAAAAGCUGUUCUCACUUUACGGAAACUGUUAUCUGAAGGCUUUUAUUGCUAUUGGGCUGCUAAGAAUAUAAAUGGGGCCCGCUGAGGAGUCUCUGAUGCCAGACGCUUUAGUCUGUUUUUAAAAGUUGGCAUCAGACACAUCAAUUCUAGGACCGCGUCCAACUUAGAACUCUCCAUCAUUCGCUCAACACUGCCAAGGUAACGGUCAAAGGCAGUAACAUCAAUACAGAUAGUGCUAAGUGCUAAUUAGCAGCAGUGUAGCAGACAUUAUUUAACCUCUCAGUCGUCUGACUUCUCUCCCGUGUCUUGCUUGUCAGCAUCUUCUUCUGGACACCUUGAACUGUAGAAAGGGAUAGAUAGAUGGGGAAAGGGUUUCUUACAGCUGCAUGUUUUUGUCAUGGUAGGGGGUUGUGCUAACAGCACAUCAUCAGCAACACAAUGUUUCAACACUUAAAACGUUUUCAUCAGGAUACUCGGUCCACUGCCGGAACAUGUUGCUGUUGUUUUUUUGUUGAAUGAAUUUAUAGGUAAAAAGCUGCUGAUAUUCCAAGUGUAGUUGGAUUAGGAUCUUCAAUGGUUGCUAAUUUAAAUAAGAUGCAAAUAAGAGGAUGUUUUUUGUCCAAUUCUUUAUUCUUUGUGUGAAGAAAACACUUGUUAUCUUUCUGAAAGAGUUUUCAGAGUUCCCCACAGUCCAAAUGGAAAUCUUGUUGUGUGCUUGUGCGACUGAGAAAAAGAACCACUGAAUGUCAGGACUAAAGCCUGUCUGUGCAACCACAUGUAUGCAACACCCGUUUGCAUAUUUGUGUCUGUGUGUGCAUGUGUGUGUUGGGCUGCAGUGGAAAUGGGGGAUCUAACAGUUUGACCAAAAAUAUUUGUCUAUGCAUGCAUUUGUUAUUGUUGACGACUAUUUUCCAUGAACAAAAAUGUGCGAUAAAUGUUAACAUUUAUCUGUUACGGCUGACUUUGUUGAUGCUUCUGAACUGACUGUAGCAAAACUGGACAUCACAAUGUUAUGGUUGAGAAUCAGCAAAUUUGGAUGCGCCAAGCACAAAUGUGAUCAAAAAUCAUUAACUUGAGUUUGUUUGUUUUUUUUAUUUAUUUAUUUAUUUUUCCUGCAGAUCAACAUGCCACACAAUUCCUAUUGUCAUUGCAAGUUCAUAUAGUUGGGCUGUCAGGAUUUGAUUUAGGACUUUUGGGACAAUCAAAAACUGCAAAUUCAGACAAAAUUCUCCAAAAUAUGAAAAAAAAAAUGAAAUAAAUUUGUUUAUUUAAGGUAUUAGGCUGUGAUAACACGUUGUAUGUGUAUUAAGAAUAAGACAGGAGGCAGAACUGGAGGCAGCAGAGUUGAAGAUCUCUUCAGGAGUGACCAGGAUGGAUAGGGUCAGGAAUCAUCAGAGGAACAGCCCAUGUCAGAUUUAUGGUAAGAAGCAGUUUGAGAGGGUUUGGACCAACAUUCAGUUGGUAAAAGGAUGCUGUGGUGGGAGGUACUAGGAAAGAGGCCUAGAGGAUGACCAAAGAGGACGUUAAUGGAUGUAGUCAAGGAGGACAUGAGGGUGUCUAGUCUGAGUAAGGAGUAUUUAAACAAGAUUAGAUAGAGGUGAAUGAUUAGCUGUGGCGAUCCCUAAAGGGAGCAGUUAAAAAACACAGAAAAGGAAAAAGAAAACAAACCUCACAAAUACGUUUUGUAAGUCAAUUCAAGUGAUUUUGUUAAAUUUUUUGGGGGAAAACUAAUAUUCUGACAGCCCUUCUACUGUGUACUGUAUGUUUAAGUAAUGUCUUAUGACUAAAAAUAAUACUUUUCAAAUGCUGAACCCACCAGCAAAUCCACUCCAUGUGAAGGUUGUCCAGCAGUGAAUUCACUGGGAUAUCUAUGCAGAGAAUGAUUAUAAGGAGGCAGUCAGGGGGUCAAACGAAGAUUUAAGUACAUGUACUUCUAAGAUUCUCUUCAGCAUAACUUCUAUAAUGAUUUACACAACUUAUAGAGAAAUAACCCUUAAGCUAAAGUAAAAGAAACAUUAAGACACCUCUUUGCUGCGUUGUGCUUAAAAUGUACACAUGGAUAAUUGAGGUUUGUUUGAAACGCGAUGUCAGCUCUUUGUAACGAUGUUUCUAUAAAUAACUCAUCCAUACAGGUGACAAGAUGAUCAAUAUGCAAACUGUAUGUCUGUGUGUAUUUGAGAAGCAGUGUCCUUUCUUUUUUUUUGCUUGAUCUUGAAGCCUGAUGGUGUCAUCCACUGAAAUAUUGUGUACAGUUGUUCACUUCAUCCCUGUACUCCUGCAUCAUACUGAACAUCCAUCAAUGCUGACAGUGGAUUAUGGAUUUUCUUUCUAUGAAAUGAAAUGUGGAAAAAUAAUGUAAAUAAUUACUACUAUACCAUGGAGCAAAAAAAAAAGAAAAAGAAAAAAAAAACACUAAUUAAUGAUGUGAAGUCUGGAUUUAAAACAUAGUAUUAUCUGCACUUUACGACAAAAGGGACAAUCUAUGGACGAGUAAAACGAUUAAUUUUAAGAAGUAUAUGUAACCCUUCCAAAUGAUCAUAACCAUGACAAAUGAAUAUCAAUAAUGAAGUCAAUAAUAAUUUAACUGAAACUGUG